UGCCCAGGUCUGGUGCAGCCACGAGCCCUCUUCCUGCACACGGAGCACGAGCGGAGGAAGUCGAAGACGAUCACGCAAGCCGACAUGAAGGUGGAAUUGCUGCCAGCCCUCACCGACAACUACAUGUACCUCCUCAUCGAUGAGGAAACCAAGGAGGCUGCCAUCGUUGACCCUGUGCAGCCCCAGAAGGUUUUGGAUGCAGUCAAAAAGCACGGCGUGAAGCUGACCACCGUCCUGACCACGCACCAUCACUGGGACCACGCUGGAGGGAAUGAGAAGCUCGUAAAGAUGGAGUCGGGGCUGCGCGUGUACGGGGGAGACAGCAGAGUCGGAGCCCUGACACAGAAGGUGUCUCACCUCACGUCGCUCAAGGUGGGAUCUCUUAAUGUGAAAUGCCUCUGUACGCCGUGUCACACUUCUGGACACAUCUGUUAUUAUGUGACUAAGCCAAAUAGCUCCGAGCCACCUGCUGUUUUUACAGGGGACACGCUGUUCGUGGCCGGCUGCGGGAAAUUCUUCGAGGGAACCCCCGAGGAGAUGUACAGGGCGCUGAUUGAGAUUUUGGGCAGCUUGGACCCCCAGACGAGAGUUUACUGCGGUCACGAGUACACCAUCAACAACCUCAAGUUUGCUCGGCACGUCGAACCCGAUAACGUCAGCAUCCGGGAAAAGCUUGCGUGGGCCAAGGCCAAGUACGACAGUGGUGAGCCAACCAUACCCUCCACCAUUGCUGAAGAGUUCACCUACAACCCCUUCAUGCGAGUCAGGGAGAAGACGGUGCAGCAGCACGCCGGGGAGACCGACCCCAUCCGAGCGAUGGGGGCCAUCAGGAAGGAGAAGGACAACUUCCGAGUCCCCAAGGACUGAGCACGCUCUGCCCGGCUCACUUUAAUGUCCGUUUUCGGUGUCAUUUCGACUAUUCAGAUGUUUUAGGAGUUGAACCUUCUGUUGUGGUUGAGACGGUCGUAUUUAGGUUUUUAUUUUGUUUUAAUUAAGGAGGAGAAAAAAAAAAAAGCACUUUGCCCUUGAUGAGAUGUUCUACAGCAUAUUUAUAUUGUGAUGAAGAAUAUUUAUCCU